UGGUUGGGAAGUUUUGAUGCAUCCACCGUAUAGCCCGGACCUUGCACCGUGUGACUACCAUUUGUUUCGAUCUCUGUAGAACUCUCUUGAUGGAAAAACAUUGGCCGACAAAAGAGCUGCCGAAAAUCACUUGAAAAAGUUUUUCGCUGAUAAACCACAAAAGUUCUACACGGAUGGAAUUAUGAAAUUACCCGAAAAAUGACAAAAGAUGGAGAUCUGCAUCGAUUCUUUAGAGUCCGCUAGAAACGCGAUAGAAGGUGGUGCUAGCCGAUUGGAGGUUUGCUCGGCUCUCUCGGAGGGUGGUUUAACACCUAGUCUAGGUUUAGUUCAACAAAUUAAAAGUUUCACGAUGAUUCCGCUGUAUGUUAUGAUCCGCAUUCGCUGCGGUGAUUUCAUCUACAGUUCCGAAGAGAUCGACGCUAUGCUGCAUGAUUUGAAAAUUCUUAAGGAUCAUCAUGUAAACGGGUUUGUCUUUGGCGCCUUGACUCCUGAUUGCGAGAUUGAUAUUGUUGCAUGCGAGAAGAUUAUUUCCGCCGCUUGUCCUUUGCCGGUAACAUUCAAUCGUGCUUUUGAUCUGACGAAUGAUCCUGUCAAAUCGAUGGAACUCCUUGCUGAUCUUGGUUUUGAGAGAAUUCUAACUUCGGGACAGAAAAAUACUGCUCUGGAAGGAUUAGAACUGAUAAAAACGUUAGUACAAAAAACCCAGAAACUAGUGAUUAUGCCUGGAGCUGGCAUCACAAAAGAUAAUAUUCGUAAAAUCAUGGAAUCCGGUGCCAAAGAAUUUCACGCGUCAGCGAAAAAAAGGAAAAUGGUAGUCUAUGGAGCAAACAGAGUUAGGAUGGGCAUCAAUAACGAUGAUUUUGUUAACGUGACUGAUAAGGAAUUGGUGAAAGAAUUAGUCGAGAUCAUUAAAAAUGAAAAUACACUACGUGAAAAAUAAUUAAACUUAAAA